UUAAUACGAGCGAUAAGUCGAUUGCAUGGGUUCCGGUUUUUUCCUGAAAGAGAUGAAAGACGAAGUCGAUCUCAUCCGUAUUUGAACGAAUAUCACUUCAUGUUGACAUAAAACAAAUUACUUCAUUCAGGUGUGCCUUUGAUGUUUUUAUCAACAUUUAUUGACUAAAGGAAGACGAUAUAUUUAUAAGGAGCAUUCAUCAAUACAUCUACGUUUUUAUAUAAAGAAAGUCUGUGACAAAAUAUUGGGAAAUAUUUCUUCUGAACGAUGGAAUUAACAGCAACAAUUUGAAGUCUUUGCUGUCUGGAAUGUAGAGGAGAUGAUUGCUUUACAGGUUAAUCAAACUAGGAUAACUUUACAAAGAAGUUUACAGUUUUCACCUACUUCUGUAAAUCAUUCUCUGAAAAUAGUGACUCAACUGAACACGAACACAUUCAUAUAUAUGGAAAAGACACUAUCAUUGUGAUAUGUAUGAUCAAUCAUUCUCUAAUGAUGAAUCAUUUAACUAAACCAAAAAACCCUGAUACAGGAGUGAAGUCAUAUCAUUGUAAUAUCUGUGGUAAAUUAUUCUCUAGAAAUAAUCAUUUGACUAGUCACAAACGUAUUCAUACUGGAGAGAAGCCAUAUCGUUGUGAUAUUUGUGGUAAAUCAUUCUCAGCAAGUAGCAAUUUAACUUGUCACAUACGUAUUCAUACUGGGGAAAAACCAUAUUGUUGUGGUAUUUGUGGUAAAUCAUUUUCUAAAAAUAGCGGUUUAACUAGUCACAAACGUGUUCAUACAGGAGAGAAACCAUAUCACUGUGUUGUGUGUGGUAAAUCAUUCUCUCAAACGAGUGCCUUAGGUAGACACAAGCGAGCACAUACUAGGGAGGAGCCAUAACAUUCCAGUACCUGUGGUAGUUUCUUUUUUGAAGAUGGUGUUUUGGCAUCCAGCUGUAGAAACACUGCCAGAUCAGACUGGGCCUGGCGCAGCCUUCAGGCUUCCCAGACCCCAGUUGAACCAUCCAACCCAUGCUAGCAUGGAAAAUUGAUGUUAAACGACGAUGAUGAUGAUGUUCAUGCUGGAGAGAAACUAUGUCGUUGUGUUAUAUGUAGUAAAUCAUUCUCUUAUAGAUCCAUUACCAGAGCCCCUUCUGCCGGCUUGUGGCCCUAAUAUCACUCGGUCUCAGACCAAUCCGCCUUGGGUGGCCCUACCAGGAACCGAAGUUCCCGACAGCAUAGCUCUGACAAUACUCAUUGCCAGCGUCCCCACCACGGUGAGGAGAGGAUGGACUUUGUGUCUGAGUGGUAAGAAGCUUGCUUACCAACCACAUGGUUCCGGGUUCAGUCCCACUGCGUGACAUCUUGGGCAAGU